UAUAUAUGUACAGGCUCGACACCAACAAAAUCACCUGAACGACGACGUACUGCGCGAAACUGGAACCCGCCGCCUACACAAUAAGCUUCUUCUUAAAUCUUGAUAGCAGGAGGAUCACAACUCAAAGUAGAAGAAAACCAACCACACUUGCAGAGCUUCUCCUUGCCCAAAUUCUCUGAAUUUCUCAGGUGCUUAGAUCUGUUGUUUCUGCAAAGAUUACCUAUUGUGGAUAGAUAAAAUUGCUGAAAAGAAAAAUGAAUACAUCAUCACUACCAAAUGGCAAAAAGUAAUCCUGAUGAAAAGAUUCUCAGCUACAAUGAUGUGGUACUUAGACGAUCAGACUUGGAUAUCCUCAGCGGCCCAUAUUUUCUCAAUGAUCGAAUCAUCGAGUUCUAUUUUAGUUAUCUUUCAUCAUGCUCUGAGGAGAUUUUACUCAUUCCACCUUCAAUUACAUUCUGGAUAAUGAAUUGCCCAGCUGAGAGCCUAAAAGACUUCCUAGACCCUCUUCAUUUACCUGAUAAGAAACUGGUAAUCUUUCCUGUCAAUGACAAUGAUGAUGUGAGUGAAGCUGAAGGUGGAUAUCAUUGGAGCCUACUUGCAUUUGAGAGAAGCAUCAACACAUUUGUUCAUCAUGAUAGCAAUGGAGGGGGAUGGAAUAAAGGUCCCGCCAAACGACUUUAUAAUGCUGUUAAGAAAUUUAUGAGUGAUUCCAGUUCAACAACUGAGCCCAUUUAUAAAGAGUGUACUGAUUCACCACACCAAGUAAAUGGUUACGAUUGUGGCAUGUAUGUAUUGGCCAUUGCAAGGAUAAUAUGCAGCUGGUAUGGAAGUAAAGACAAAGAUGGAGAUAAUAUGUGGUUCUGUGCUGUGAAGGAACAAGUCACUCCAUCGGCUGUCACUGCAAUGCGAGGUGAGAUCCUGGGGUUGAUCAGAGGUUUGAUGCCCAAAAAGUGAGCUUCAAGUAGCUUUCUGUAAGUCUGGAACUUGACAUAUAGUUAGCAGUUAGGUUACUCAUUACUACUUCCCUUUACUCUUAGACCUGGGAACAAAAACCCUAUGCAAGUCGAAGCAUUUUAUGGCAUUGUUAAGCUUAUGAAAUUCAGGAUUAGCAAUUCCAGUGUGGGCUUACAGGUAUUUACUGCCAUUAUUAGUAAUACUUGUGUAUGCAGGAAAUAGCUCUACAAUGCUUGUUUGCGUGGAA